GGAGUUAUUUGCAACGGAAACGACGACCGACUGACAUUGUGCGUGCUCCAAUCGCUGGCGUUGGAUGGAUUAGGCAAGUCAACCGAUUUGUUUUCGAGCAUCAAGCACUCAGAUCACCACCACAAUUGAACUGCUGUGAGAACGAAACCGGACAGUCAACCACUACAAUCACGAUCGAGGUUCCCGUCACAUGCAGUCUGUCUUCAAGUCGCUAAUUCAUCAGCCAUCCACGGUACCUGAUGUCUGCUUACCUGCAGUUGUAGGUAGUAACUUGGAAAAAGCCAGAGAGGAAAUAUCACCAUUCCAAUUUACGCUCUAGGUGUAAUUCUCUACCUGUUUAUAAGGCGAAUGAGUUUAUAGUUGCUCUUGUUAGUCGGUAUUUACACCCGAAUGGAAACUGACCGGUUUACCGGUUAAAGUGUUAUGUGAUUUUAGUAUAUAUAUAUAUAUUCUUCAUAGAUAUAAUCUUACUGUAAUUGAACUUUGAUGAUCCACGAACCAACAAUUAGUAUUGAGUGGCAGUUCUUCGAUUAGACGUUGAUUUUAUUUGGUUGUAGUUUUGUGUCGAACAAAGGCCUUGAUAUGGAGUUGAAUAACACGAUGGAAGAUUUGUUCAGAAUUGUGAAGACAGAAGAUGACCAUGAUAAUGAAGAGAAUGAAUCAAUUAUUCUUGCCAAAUCAACUGCCAUGGUCGUCCUGUUCGGUGUGAGCAUGGUGUGUGGUGUAGUACCAUUUAAACUAGCUCAGUGGUUCAAAUGGACCGAUAGUGCAGCGGAUACCAAAGCUAGUCUUGUAGUAUCAAUUUUGUUGUCAUUUGGCGGAGGUGCGCUUUUAUGUACUACUUUUCAACAUCUGUUACCUGAAAUCAAUGAAACUAUUCUUGAUCUUACGGAAGCUGGAUGUAUGCCUGAGUUAAAGUUUAGCCUUGGAGAAUUUUUAAUGUGCUCAGGUUUCUUCAUUAUUUAUCUCGUUGAGGAAUUGGUGCACGUUUAUUUGCACAGGUACGAAAGAAAAAUGCAUCAGGCAAAACUAAAUGAACUGGAAGUCGCUAGUGGCGCUAUUAUGCGAGGAACACACGCACGUGAAAGCAUAGUAACACGGAAGAAAAAUAGUGAUGCUCGUAACGGAAGUAUUUCAACCGCAGAUCUUAUAUCGAAUGAUUUAGAAAACCAGAAACGAGGAAGUAUAACAAACAGGCAUUCCUCUAUGGCCAUUGAUAACAGUCAGCAUCCCCAUGAUCACCACGUUCAUCAUCAUCUACCACCUACUAAUGAUGAUGGAAAAUUGGUUUCUUCAAUUCGUGGCCUGCUUAUUGUAUUGGCGCUAUCAGUUCAUGAGUUGUUUGAGGGACUUGCCGUAGGCCUGGAAGGGUCUGCUUCUACAGUAUGGUAUAUGUUUGGCGCUGUUGCAGCACACAAGUUUGUCAUAGCUUUCUGCGUUGGAGUGGAGUUGAUUGUUGCACGCACCUCGUUUUGGCUGGCUAUCGGAUACAUUUUUAUAUAUUCCGUCGUGAGCCCUUUGGGAAUCGGCAUUGGUAUGCUUUUGAGUAACGGGACCAAUGCAGAUGAUAUGCAAGUCAUAUCGGUAAUUCUUCAGGGUCUCGCCUCAGGAACGCUGUUAUACGUGAUUUUUUUCGAGGUGCUCUCUAAAGAUCGUUCCGGUUUGUUGCAGUAUCUAGCAGUAUUGGUUGGAUUCUUUUUCAUGUUUGGAAUCAUGUUCCUAACUACACACGGUCACAGCCACAGCCAUGGGUUGUCGGGAGAUGCUGAUGAUGACCAUGAUCAUGACCACGACCACGAUGAUCAUGAUCAUCACUAGUUAACAACCGUGCGGAACACAUUUGAAGGCUUAGCUUACCAAGCAUAGUAAAGAUUUCUGAGUAUGGAAGCAUUUUUUUUCAUCGAUAUCGAAACGAUGACAGCAGGAGGUGGAAGCGGCGAAUUCGUUUGGAAUAGAGGAACAACUGAACAAAUAUUAUACAGUAAUUUAAAGACGCCUAAAACACUGCAGCUGUGAUAGAGAUCCAAUUAUUAAUAAAAUUUUAUAUCAUCAUUACAACACAAAUAGAAGCUUUUGGAUUAUUUAGAAUUAAUACUUUAGAUAAGAUAGUAACACACCAGGGAUGUGCCAAACGGCUAGCAUAUAUGAAUGAUUAAUUAGGAAACGAUCAUCGUUUUUGAUAAAGACUUGAAUCGGAAAUAAAUUUGUAAUAGCAUCUAAAGAAUAUUAUAAUACAAAAUCACCGGACUUUGUAUUGAUUUUCUUCGAUUAAAUCCAUGAAAAAUCUAGCAUUAUCUAACGGAAGGUUGUAUAUGUAUAUGUGGUAGCGAAAAGGGUCAUAUCAAAUUUUGAAAACCGACCGCGUAAGGAUGGUGGCACUUAUGAAAACCAUGAAGAUUUAUCAUAUAUAAAGGAGAAGAGAAACUUAACAUUUCUACAAAACUCUUUGUAACUGUAACUUAAAAAAUUUUGCUAGACAUGGCGCGAAUAACGCGAUGUUAAUGACAUGAGUUUCUUACU